AUGAUUAUGGUAGCAGCUUGGUACCUCUGGUGGGAUCGCCGGAAAAUUAGCCACGACGAGAAGUGUGACACCCCGGUUCGUACAACAAUGAGUAUACGGGGCAUCGUUGCUAAUGCUCUCGCUAUGAAACCAGGGGUAAAAGAUGGAAAAGUAAGGUGGGAGAGGUCUGUUAUGGGGGUCUUAAAGCUUAAUGUGGAUGCAAGUUACCAUGUUUAUGAGGGAUCAGGAGCAACGGGAGCAGUAGUUCGGGAUUGUACGGGCGCUUUUAUUGCAGGAUGUUGUUAUUAUAAACAACAUGCUAUGGAUGCAUCAUCCAUGGAGGCUCUUGCUCUACUUGAUGGCUUACGCCUAGCUGACAAUCUGGGCAUUUCAACUCUGGUAGUAGAGUCUGACUCACUAGAGAUUGUCCAAGCCAUCCUUAACCCAUCAGAUUACCGUGCUUCAGCGGCGGUUGUUACUGAUGACUGUCGAAAAUUAUUGACUGCGUUCGGCAGGGCGACUGUUGUUCAUUGUGCUCGUGAAUGUAAUGCAGCAGUGCAUGAGCUUGCUCGGGCUAGUUACAGAGGAAUUUUUUCUGAAGAGUGGCGAGAUAAACCUCCUGACUUCUUACUCCCCUUCCUUGUAACUGAUAUGGUUAUUGUUUAA